AUUCGACAUGAAAGCUGGUUAUGCUCGAAAUGAACGGUCCCUAUGUGUGAUCUGCAGACACCCUGCAACGGCCGGGCCACUAAUCCUUGGUGUGACACCCUUCUCGUCAACCCUGGGGCUGUCUAACCUGCUGGACAGAUCCUGAUAAAGAGAUUCCCACGGUAUUUAGGGGUAAACAGUCAUGUCAGAAAUAUACACUCUUGCCGUUCCAACAGGUCAGGUUCCAUCCAACUUGUUAUAGACUGUUUGUCGCUACCUACGAAGCCUCCACGAAGCUUCCCACCCCCGCGGAUUGGCAGCGUUUGGCGGAGGCCACCAUACCCCGCUAUAUAUGUCCGCACGAUGACAAGCGCAAUGUGGCCACAUCAAUGAUGGAAGGGCUCAUCAGCAAGCACGCAGGGAAGAUCCUUCGUAAAAUCUUUAGAAAAGACCUGCUCGAGCAACUGCCGGCGGAGAUCCUGCUGCAGAUCUGCGAAUUGAUGGGCCCAUGUUGGUACCUGACUGUUGUCGGGGAGACUCAGCGACUGAUGGGAGAGUUGAAGGGGAAACGGGAACCCCAGCAGAACUCGCUGAAUUUAGACCAGACCCGAAAUGUGUGGAUAUCCCGCAUCAUGUACCGUGGAGUUUCGUACGUGUCACGUCUGCGCGACAAACCGCUGAGAUUUACCGAACUGUCCGAUCAAAUUCAACUCCGGAUACCCAGACGAAUUGGCAAGAUCGUCGCGUCCGUCGACGGCAUUGGCGUCCGGGGGAUACAUUUUCUAGAACACACAUCUGACGCUCCUCCACUCGAUGAAUCUCCAUGGUACGAAGUUCUGCCCGUGUGCGACACAGACCAGAAGCUCUUCGUGAAUAGCAAUGGCCUGUUUAUUAAAAGGAUCCAACUCGAACGCGAGUUUCGUGGAGUGCCCUAUAUCUGGAGCUCUCCUUGCCCGCCUAAAAUUUCACUAACGAACUUUUAUCGUGCCUCAAAAAAGUCGCUCGGGAACGUCCGCGUACAUUAUAUCAAAUUCGAUUCUCACGUACGGGGACUUUUGGCCUGCUGUACAGAGUAUGGGCUUGUCGGGAUUCACGGUCUCACCGAUACGUCAACGACAUUAAGAAUGUUCGUUGACUUGAUGUAUCAACGCAAGCCGGAAAGUCAGAAGCACUGGAUGUACUUCCCGUUUAAUUCCCAGGAAACCAUAGAUUCAGCUUGGGUGCGGAGACUCGUUUUUAAUUAUCAUGAGAACUGUCCUCCCUUGGUGCUCCUCACAUCCCGCGGGAGAACUAUCACGUUCGGUCCUCAACUUCCCAGCGAGGUAUACGGUUCAUACCGAUACGAGCUGUUGGGCGGGCCUCGCGACGGGCCAAUCUCGGGUAUCUUCCACGACGGACUAAACCUCGCGCUAAAUCUCGAGUUCGACGAAUCCAUCGGCUACUACUAUAACCAUGGCGCAAAUUAUAUCAGAGACAUGGGAGUGACCUGUGACAAUGAGUCGAGCGUCGAAGCUCGAAAGUCCCUGCCCGCAAAUAUCCACAUGGACCCCCCUGCAUUCCCCCCGAACGGAGACAGACUCGCCGGCACCUGGUACAUGACAACGGCGUCCCUCGGUAACAUCGCGAAGGCGCAGAUCUGCCGCGAUACCGACCAGUCACAUUGUCCAUGCCUAGGUCUCCUGUUGUACUACCACGAUGGGCACAUGGAGGCGAUCGGACAGAUUCGAUGGGACCGCGAUGUCAGUGAGGAGAUCGAUCGGCCUAGGUACAUUGUGAACGCCAUCAUCGACGGACGGAACUAUAUCAAGGAUGUUAUCAACUGCGUAUACGAAUCGGAGCUCACGCGGGACGAGAGUACAUGGCAAAGUCUGCCCGGAAGCGGCACAAUCAGGUGGUGGUCUAGUGAGCUCGGGGAUCGAGUCAUAAUAGACUAGAUAGAGGAAGGAUAUGGCAUUCAUUUAUUCUGCAUCCGGCCAAGAAAUAACUACCAAACACCAAGAGGGUGAUC